GCUGGGGUUGGGAGCACGAGUGCUUAGCUCAGCCCUUUUCACUAUAUUAAAAUAGUCCAGAGCCAAUCAUGUGAUUGCUAUGCCUCUGGCUGCAAAACACUUAGAUGCAACCUGUCAUGUAUUCAUAUGCAGAACCCCCUCACUCACUAAAGGAAGUCUGUAAACCAGACCUGAAACAGCUACUUUGUUUUAUUUCCAUUUUGGCUUUGAGCCGGGUAAUCCAUUUGUCAAAUUUGCAAUGGAGAACAGCACUGCCUCUCUCCUCAUAACACACAGUCUCAUUGCCAGCACGAUCUCUGCUUGGAACAAUAUAACAAGUGCACCAAAAUACACAACUGAACCCGAUGUCAGCACUGAAGACAUUUAUUAUGAAUAUUACAAUACUGACAUUGAUGAGAGCUUUGGCAUCUGUGAUUAUGGAAGCCAUGACAAGCACUUCCUUCCUGUACUCUACUCCCUCUUCUUCGUGGUGGGCUUCCUCGGCAAUGCCCUGGUGGUGUGGGUCAUCCUGGGGGGAGCUCAUCUGAGAAGUAUGACCGACGUAUGCCUGCUCAACCUGGCUUUCGCUGACCUGCUCUUGGUCAUCUGUCUGCCCUUCCUGGCCCACUACGCCAGGGACCACUGGGUUUUCGGGAGCGCCAUAUGCACCGUGGUCCUCAGCUCGUACUACGUCGGCUUCUACAGUGGCAUCUUCUUCAUCGUAUUGAUGAGCGUGGACCGAUAUCUGGCCGUGGUGCACGCCGUGUACGCACUAAGGAUCCGAACAAAGGCGUUCGGGAUACUGUCCAGCGCACUCGUCUGGGUGGUCGCCGUGAUGGCGUCUUUCCCCGAGCUGAUGUACCUCCGUGUGCAGACGUUCAACAACACACAGCUCUGCAGUGCUUAUCAAAAUAAGCAUAACCAGCAUGACUUGAGGGUGAUUGGGGUCUUUAAGAUGAAUGCCCUGGGCCUGUUAUUGCCUCUGGCCGUCAUGGGGUUUUGUUACUGGAAGGUGCUGCGUCGGCUCCUCAAGCUGCGCGCCUCCAAGCAGCAGGCCGUCCGCCUCGUCGUCGUGGUGAUGGCUGUCUUCUACUGCUGCUGGACCCCGUACAACGUGGUGGCGUUCCUCAAGAACCUGGAACUGAAGGGCAUCUGGGAAACAGACUGCGAGUCCAGCAAAAGGAUCCAGGUAUCUCUGCAGGUGACAGAGGCCAUAGCCUACUCCCACAGCUGCCUCAACCCUUUCCUCUAUGUGUUCAUGGGGGAGAAAUUUAAGAGGCAGCUUGUAAAACUUCUGCGCAAGACACCAUGCAUCAAACUGCAGUUCAUGAAGAAGUACUUCCCCUCAGUGACGGGCUCGGUGUAUUCACAGACCACGACCGUGGAGGAGCGUUCCACUGGCCUCUGAACAACAGCAGUCACGGGCUGUCAAAAUCUCAGUUUACAACUCCAGAGUAGAAAAAGGAUCUUCUCUCAUUUUUUUGUCUGAUGACACAAGGAUAAUUGGUUUCUAGACCAACAAAUGGAUGGGAACUAGAUUUAAAUAUGAGUACUUUUUUGCAGUCUCAAAGGAGAAGAAAUGUAAUAUUUUGUAAAUAAAAUUGGAUCUCAAUAUAUCCAUUUGGACUUUCUCAAAGACGUUGACAUGAAUCAAAUAUUCCCCAGUUUUUGACCAAGUAGAAAUGGAAACUUCAGAUAAACUGAAAGAAAUAUGAGCAGCAAAAAUCUUACAUGGUGGAAAUAUUUUCCACAGUAGUUUUGGUUGUGCAGGUACGCCUGUAGAGUGUUUCUGUUGGCUCAAAACCCAAACCUGGUGUCAGGGUAAAGUGUGAAUCUGGGUCAGGCUCUCAACCACAGCCCUUUUACCAUGAACCCCACAGUGACGGGUUAACUUUGCUUCUGCAUUAAUCAGCCAUACUUUUCUCAUGCAGUGAAACCUCUUGCCCAAGCAAAGCCCUAACAGCAGGCAGACUGCCACACUGCUUCAGGCAACAGCACAUGGAAUCGGGACCCAAAGACUUCUUGCUGGGGUCGAUUGGUUUUGUGUCACUCAAUCUACGACGUGUUCCAGUUUGCUCUGACACAUAUUGGUUCACACUUUCACCACAUCACUAGCCUCAACGUGUGCUGUAUGGCACAGUGGGAAACCCCAGUAAAAAUGGACUGAUCUGAGUUUGGAAUUGGCUUUGUUUCACUUAGACCAUUCAGACUAUCUUUGUACAAAACAGCAUGAGUCAUGAUGUAAACGUUAAUUGUGUUUUUUAAUUAUUACUUAACUGCUUUCAUUUAAUUAAUGAAUGGAUUGUUAUGUUUGUAUAGUGAUUUUGCUUGAAAAUCCACUGUAAGUCACAAAGUGUGUUCACACCUAGUACAAUCAAUGCGCACCAGCAGUUCUGGUGGAGAUUGAGAGCUCCGAGAUGUCAGAGAUGUGACUGCCCAGAAAUUUGGCCCAUUCAGACCCAGAAACAGUUCACGUGUACCAGUGUGGUGCCAUCCAACUGAUUCAUCUGAUAUUCAGAAAUCAGAAACACAUUGCUUACCACACAGGGACUGUCCCAGUUUACAGACAAAAAUGUUAACUCUGUUGAUCUCAGCUGCCAUUUAGCCUAAAGUGUCAGAGUAUUAGCCCUGUCACAGCAAAGGGGCCAAUGGGUAGGACACUCGAACAGGAAUCAGCUGAUAAAAAUACCAGCAAUACCACCACUCUUCACACUGCUCUGCAUUCUGCCACGUUGCACUGAAUGUGGCUGUCUAAGAAUAUUAAAGCCCAGAGGUGUCUGUUCAUACCUCUCUUGUGCACCUUUUCAUACUUCCUUUUCCUGUAGACCAGCUAGUCAGGCCUGAAGUUCGUAUAGUUAAUGAAUACUACUACUGCUAUUACCAACACUGCCACCUCCCCUGCUACUAUCAUAUUUUUAUGCUUCUAGUAGUCUUCUAAUAUUAUUAUAGAUGGUGUUAUGUGCGUCUAUUCCUCAAAGCUGAUGACCAGAAGGUAGCUGGAUUUCUCUGCCUGUGGAGUGGACUAGUGUUAAAAGUAAACCCUCCCUACCAGUGGAGUGGACUAUGGUUAGGGUAAACCCUCCCUACCAGUGGAGUGGA